CAAAGAUAGACGUAGGAUAAUGUUGAUAAUUUUUUUCUUCCAAUGUGGGAUCCUUCCCCCACCCCCCAUCACCCUUGGAAUAUUUGUUGUCAUGACAGACUGAUCCCUCGCGUAAUCAGAGGUCUAGCUAAAACUUUACAAAAGAUGAUGCACGCUGAUGGCGAUAGUCCAAGACCUCUUGAAUGCUCUGCAGCUCACAUAGAAAAAGUAUUGUACCAGCAAAUGAAGUCCCUCUUAAAUCAAGCAAAUGAAGUUGCUAAAAUGAGAGGAGCAAAAUCAAUUGAAGCAAUUGAUUUUCUUUUCUUAAUGCGAAAGAAUAGAGUGAAAGUCCGUCGAUUACUUGAUUAUUUUGCUGUGAAGGAUGCUAGAAGCAUAUUUAAUGCAGAAGCCCUCAAAGCUGACCAACCUAUUCAGAAAUCGUGCACUCUGCAAAAGUGUUUAAAAGUAUUGAGAAAGAUUGAUAUUACUGGAGAACUGACAGACAGAAGGAUUAAAUUGUUUGAUGAAGUCAAAAACAGGAGAAGACUUCGUGCUGAACUUGUGUCUCGGUUAUUAAAUGAGAAGAGAUACUUAGAAUAUGCAGCUGCUCGUACAGUGUCCUUCACAUUUGCACCAAAGAAGAGUGGUUUUAGGCUUAAUAUGUGGCUUCUUUCAAAGGGUGAAAAACUUCCAAGAUUGCCAAAGGAAAAGUCGCUUGGGUGUCAAAUACUCUGUUAUUUGGCUCGAGAAACUGUGUCACAAAUAAUGGACCUUACCUUUCUAGCUAGAGAAGAUAUGACAAUUACACGUGAUCCAGUUAACAAAAAUUAUCCAGCACUGUUUGGACCAAAUCUGCCUCAAUUUCCUAUGGAAGGAGUAGAGAAGAUUUAUGGCAUAACACCAGUAAUUCCGUCAGAGAUUGAAGCGGCUUUAGCACGUUAUUGGUCUCCGUGUUUCUAUCCAUUCAGUACAUUUUCACGAAAUGUGGGACCCCAAGUCCAUAAAAGGCUUCUAGCAUGCUGACGGAAGGAAAAAAAAAAUCAUACAGUUGAUACUCCAUCUUUUUCAGAUAUUGUCUUUAGGUUUCACGUGACUUACUGACAUGUUGACUGACUUUGUACUGAUUAGUACUUUAAAACAAGUUGAAAAUGGUAUGUAAGUUGUACAGUGUAACUAGGUAAUUUAUUUUAUUUCUGCUGUUUUUGUA